UGGGAACUGUGGAAAUGAGAUGAAGUGAGGUUCAUCGCAUCAGCUGACCGAAAUUCUGACGCUUACCUCAUGAAGCUGGGCUUACACGAGAUCUAAUGGGUCGAUAGCAUAACCGACAACCGAGCUCAGUUUGUUGUCGCCUGGUUUCGCAUAUCAAUAUCGGACGUCCAGGUGAGCGAGUCAUUGCACACGUUCUCAGCCAACGAACGCCGAGAUGCUGUUGAGGCUCGUCCCCAGGGGCAGGGUCGGGUUGUUCCCCGGAAUCUCUCCACCGUCAUCUCAACGGGCAUUCCUUGCUUUGAAGGGAUCGACGACAACUUACACACCCAACCUCAAACACCAAGUUCAAAUCCAAUAUAGCACUUUCCGAGACAACAGAAGAAAUGUGGACGGCAUCACCGAUCCCGAAAAGGCUCUCCCAAGGACAGUCAAAUGUCUUUCGGUCGCCAUAAACCCCGAAGCCUGGGAUGACUUUCUUUCCGGAAGCCCGGGAGAAAUAUACAAGAAGCGAAUGAAUCCACGAAACCCACGUGUCUUCAUCAGCCCCGCUAUACGCCAUUUCUACCAAAGCAUCCUCUCCCAUGGACCAGAGGUUCGAGCGGACUGCCUAGUCAUUCUUGCUUCCUUGCGUUACUUCCAGGAAGUACAGUGCGCUCAUACAUUUCUGUUCAACACGGUAAAUGAACUCUUUCCGCGCACAGAAGUGGGGCCCUUGAAGGACUCCGAGGUACUCAAAGACAGGCUGAACGUCGUCACUGCCGUAGUAGACAAGAUCCCGUUAUGGCAAGUGCCUGGCUAUGCUCCCAACGCCACCCUGGCUUCAGAAGGGUUCAGUAUCAUCUGCGGACAGAGCGAACAUCUUUUGCCUGGCCUGUGGGACAACUCGGACUUCUCAUGGAGCAACAUGAGGAACGAAACAGACCCUCUCUUCCUCGAGCGAAUGUACCGUCGUCUCAAAGUUGCUCCCAAAGGAAACGCCAAUGUUGAAAAGCCGAUGCCCUAUUCCUCUGGACCACCUCCCGUCCUCGAGUUUCGCAUCAAUCCCCUGCGCGAUGACAAUCGGCCUGUACAAGUCGCUCUGCCGCUCGCCAACACCAGUUAUGCUACUUCUACCGCAGCCCAACAACGUGGUACGACACCCCACGUAUUAGAGGUUUCGGCUUGGGCGCGGUCGCCGGAGAAGCAGAAGCUGCGUCCCAUACACGUCGAGGCAAACACCCGGACUCAUGUCACCAUCCAAACGACAUCCUUGAAGCAGCCCUGGCCAAGUGAGCUUUGGUUCCAACUCCUGCCCAUCACAUAUCCGCGCAAGAUCGUCAGCGGUUUGGGAAACAUCCUCAAGCAGGUUGAAAUUGACGGCGAGAGCGCCCCGGCUAGCAAGGAGCUCGAGGAUGUGAUUCCGAAACUGCUUUCCAUGAGAGCCAGCAGUCACAGACCACUUAAGCACACGUCUGAUAGCCACUUUGUCAAGGUCUGGGCUCUCGUUAUCCCGGAUGAAGUGUACCAGAAAUAUGCAAACUUUCAGCCUCCUCUGGAUCUCGCCAUGCAGUUGCCAUCUCCUUUCGAUUUCGAACAGGCCAGUACUGCGGACGAAAAGAGAUUAGCUGGAAGGUGUAGUAAGGCUCUACAGGGCCUAUUGGUAGCCGGAUGUCAUCUCCGGGAAAUCCUAAGCGGGGGCGGAGGCUGGGGCGCUAAACAAGGUCUCCUCUCUCUUGACCCUCAGGAUCGAGACCAUUACCGUAAAACCCCCACGACCAGCAGCAGCAAAGACCGCGAGAACAACGAAGCUGAGGAAGAAGACGACGGCGACGACAUGGAAGGCCUCGAGCGUUUCCUCCGCACCCUCCGCGGGGAGCAAAACGUGGGCGACAUUGCCUCACCAGGUUCCUGGGUCCAGUUCUUCGUCGCGCCCGCCCACCUCGAGCGGCUGCCUUGGGAUGCGUCCAAGAGUGUCGUCAAUACUCGCAGGCCGGCAGAAAAGUUGACUUUGGGCCUCACGGAUGCGGUCGAGGAGUAUACCCCUACAUGGGAUCCAGACUUCACGGAGAACAAGGACAGCAACAGGUACAAGUACCUCUGGCGGGAUCCAAACGGCGUGGAGAUUUUUACGUACCAGUUUGGUGCGCUUGCGAAUGGGAGCCUGUGGCUGGACUUGAAGAAGCCAAGCGAGUUGACGGCGACUACGGAAAACAGCACAACGGAAAACAGCACGAAUGAUACCAAUAACAAUGGACAAGAAGAAAAGGAUCUGUGGAAAGAUUUGGAGACCGAUUCGGAGAGAAAGAUUACGGUUCCAGAAUUCAAUCUUCGAGCGGACAUUGACAACCCGCUGUACGUGGCGAAGGUGAAAGAACCUGGUGAGGACGAGCAACAGCGACGAAAACAACCGAGGGAGGAAGUACAGUUGUUUGACAAGAUAAGAAAGAUCCCGACGGGGAGGCGAAGACUGGGGAUUUAGGCACGAGUAAGAUGUAUAAGUAACAGGACUCCUACUGGAGGUGCCAAGAUUGAUGUCGAUUAGGGUAGACAUGGGCUUCUUUAGAUAGUCGCAAGACGAGAGCAUUACACAUGGUUGCCUCCAGAAUGAUGGC